AUGCAUCUCCUCGUUCUAGGUGCGACUGGGCGGACAGGCGUCUACGGUUAUAAAUAUGCCCUGGAACAAGGCUACUCGGUCACAGUUCUUGUCCGUAAAGCCGAUGCGAUCGAACCACAGCACCGACUCACUAUCGUUGAGGGUUCAUGCUUAUCAGAGGCAGAUAUGCAGCGUGCUUUUGAAGCUUCCGGAACUCGUGUUGAUGGAGUUCUUAUAUUUCUGAACGCACAGAGAGUUGGUCAAAACCCCUGGGGAACGUUCAUUGGGCCACCUCGUUUAGUGGCCGACUCGACUAGUAUCGCCGCUCGAGUUCUGCGCUCACAGAAGCCAAAGGCAGAUGAGCACCGACCUCGAUUGGUCGUGAUGAAUGCUCUCGGAUCGGGUGAAAGUUAUGCAGUCACACCUUACAUCAUUCGCUUCAUGAUCAAUUACAGUAAUGUGUCCAAAUCUUACGAGGAUCACAAUGCCGUGAGCGAUGAGAUUGAGAAAAAUUGUGGUGAUGAAAUAUCAUGGACUCUCCCAUUGCCAGUGGGACUCAGGGGUCAGGGUCAGAAACCUGUGAAAACAUUUGCUAGUACGGAGUCUGGUGCAGGGUUUUUGAUCACGCGCGAGAGCUGUGCUCAAUGGAUGGUAGAUGUGGCGUCCGGUAAAGAGGACGAUAAAUUCAGCAACAAGAGGGUCAUUUUGUCUAAUUAG